AUGACAACCCGUAUUCCCAGCUAUGAUCAUGAGUUCUCGUAUAUGACAACCCGUGCUCCCCGCUAUGAUAAUGAGUUCUCGUAUAUGACAACCCGUAUUCCCAGCUAUGAUCAUGAGUUCUCGUAUAUGACAACCCGUAUUCCCAGCUAUGAUCAUGAGUUCUCGUAUAUGACAACCCGUGCUCCCCGCUAUGAUAAUGAGUUCUCGUAUAUGACAACCCGUAUUCCCCGCUAUGAUCAUGAGUUCUCGUAUAUGACAACCCUCACUCCCCGCUAUGAUCAUGAGUUCUCGUAUAUGACAACCCGUAUUCCCAGCUAUGAUCAUGAGUUCUCGUAUAUGACAACCCGUAUUCCCAGCUAUGAUCAUGAGUUCUCGUAUAUGACAACCCGUAUUCCUAGCUAUGAUCAUGAGUUCUCGUAUAUGACAACCCGUAUUCCCCGCUAUGAUAAUGAGUUCUCGUAUAUGACAACCCGUAUUCCCAGCUAUGAUCAUGAGUUAUCGUAUAUGACAACCCAUAUUCCCAGCUAUGAUCUUUAG